AGUUUCCUAGAAACAGUCAGCGCACCGUUGUCCCCAUCGAGCAAUGUAUGUGUCGAUCUUUGUGAAUCAAAAUAGCAACGAGAUAGAGAGAAAGAGGAAGUGAAUCAAAAUGCUCCUGGAGUUGUUGGAGGGAGCAAGGUCAGGGUAUGCUGCUGGCCUUCCACAAAUAGCUGAGGAGAACAAAACCCUCCUCAUCGAUGUCACGGCGGCGGGAUACACGGUGCUCCACAUAGCAGCCAAGAUGGGUCACGCGGAGCUCGCAAAGGCCAUCUGCAGGCUGGAGAUGGAGCCCCUGCUGUUGACCAGACAAAACUCCAGAGGAGACACUCCGGUGCACUCCGCGGCCAGGGUCGGGCAUCACGAGAUCGUCACCUCCUUCGUCUCCACUCGAAUCGUUGAUGAACUUGGAGUGGAGCAUCGCCGGCUCCCCGGGGUGAGGAAUCGUGCCGGAAACACGGCCCUUCAUGAGGCGGCUCAGAACGGCCACUUGGAGGUGGCUCAAGUGAUCAUGUCCAUGGAUCCCGACUUGGCGGGCGUGUCUCCGUUCAAUGUGGCUACGGUGAAUCGGGCGGGCGUGUCUCCGUUCAAUAUGGCUGCGGAAAGGGAAAAUUAUGUGAUAGACUCGUUCCAUCACAGGCAAAGUCAAUCAGAAGUACACGCAUCAGUGGGUCUUGUACCUAAUAAUUUCUCCGCAGAAAGGGUCAUCGAAACUUGCGCAGUUAGUGCAACGGUCCCCGGCGGGCUCCCACCAGGGACCAAACGGGCAAACGGCACUGCAUGCGGCAGUGCCCAGGAGCUAAGGUUACAGAGGGACAAGGCCUCAACCUUGAAAAGUGAAUAUAGCAGCGAUGUCCGGACACUGAAGAAAGAUGAAGAUAGCGGCAACAUGAAACCCAGCAUCUCAGGUACAUUCAAGUUAUGCACAGCAGCUUUCACCCCCAACCAAGCUGCAAUUAACUCCACAAAUGGAAUUGAGGGAGAAGAUAACAACUUAUCACCUGCAAUCAACAAUCUGGCACAAUGA